AGAAUUUCCACGAUGAAAAAGAGUUUCCGCUACGCGAGUCGGGUGCCGAAUAAAAACCUUCACAUCGAUCACGAUGACUUCCGUGAGUUCGAGCCUUUCGACGGAGAAACCGAUCUCGUUCCAAGAUCGGCGCAGCCUGGAGUUGACGCGCUGUCGGUGGUGGGCGUCGACAUGCGGAAGGACGUCAAUGCGGCGCAGCACUGCACCGGCGAGUACGUGACCAACCUGCUGGUGGUGCGCCGCGGCCAGCAGUUCAUCAUCGACGUCUCCUUCAGCCGACCGGUGACGUCACAGGACGACUUCCAGCUGGAGUUCCUGAUUGGCACCGACCCGGCGGCCAACAAGGAGACCCUGGUGGUGGUGAACUUUGGUAACCACUCUGGUGCGGCCUGGGCCGGUCAGAUUGUCGAAGCUAGAGACACGGUCGUCUCCCUCGGCGUCACGGCGAGCUCCAAGGCCAUCGUGGGCUUGUACCGGAUGUACGUGGCCGUCGCCAUGGGAAACGGGAUGCAGCGGACCGAGAAGGACCCCAACACCAACUUUUACCUGCUGUUCAACCCCUGGAAACCAGAUGAUGAUGUUUUCUACCCGGAUGAAGCCGGACGCUCUGAGUACGUCCUGAACUCAACCGGUCUGAUUUAUAUGGGCACACCGGACCAAGUGACCGAGCGAGGCUGGGUGUACGGACAGUUUGAGGAAGGCAUUCUGGACGCCUGUAUCUACAUCAUGGACGCCUGCCGGAUGCCGAUUCAGAACCGCGGCGACGUUGUCAAAAUGGUUCGCACUGCAUCUGCCUUGGUCAACUCCCAGGACGACAACGGAGUGUUGAUUGGGAACUGGAGCGACGACUUCUCCAUGGGGACGCCGCCAACGACCUGGACAGGAAGCGCCAGCAUCCUGCAGAAGUACCACGCCUCCGGAGCGCCGGUGUCGUUUGCUCAGUGCUGGGUGUACGCCGGCGUCCUCAACACCUUCCUGCGAUGCCUUGGGAUCCCAUCGAGAGUCGUCACCAACUUCAACUCAGCCCACGACAACACGGGCAACCUGAAGACCGAACUCAUCUUCAAGCCGGACGGCUCGCCUGACAGACACAAGACCCGGGACUCCAUCUGGAACUACCACUGCUGGAACGAGGCGUUCAUGAAGCGAGGCGAUCUUCCACCAAAGUACUCCGGAUGGCAGGUGGUGGAUGCGACUCCGCAGGAGACCAACGACGGAUAUUUCCGUUGCGGUCCGGCGCCUGUCAUUGCCAUCAGGGACGGCGAGCUGUGUCACCCCUUCGACUGUGGCUUCGUCUUCGCUGAGGUGAACAGCGACCUGAUCCACAUGAAGAGUGACAAGUAUGGCAACAUGACUCCCUUCAAGGUGGACACGACGUAUGUUGGAAAGCUCCUUUACACCAAGUCACGGAGCGGCUGGGGACCUGAGGACAUCACAGGGACCUAUAAGCAUCCAGAAGGAAGUCCAGCAGAUCAGCAGACCAUGGCUCUGGCCGAGCAGUUCGGAUGUUCAAGAGACAGAUCCAACGUCCCGGCUGCCAAGCUGUCCAUCCAGAUCUCAGCUCAGGCGGGCUAUGUGGGCGAGCCUCUGAGGGUUUCAGUGACUUUUUACAACCAAAGUGAGGCGAUGAAAUUGGUGAAAGUUCACAUGGAGAUCAGCCCCACCUACUACACCGGCGUGGUCGCAUCAGAUCCACUGAAAGUCGAGGACUUCAGGCUUGAUCUGGACGCCUUCCAGAGUAGCAUUAAGGUGUUUGAGCUUUCGCCGCAGGAGUACGUCUCUCAUCUGGGCUCUAACAGCAGCCUGGAGGUCACUGUGACCGGACAAACCGAUGAUGUGGAGGUGUCAGAGGUCAAGACCAUCGCCCUGAAGCUUCCACCGCUGAACAUAACGCUGAGUGGGCAGCCUCAGGUGAAUCGUGACAUGUACAUCAUGGUUUCCUUCACCAACACCAUGGGCUUCCCCCUCACCGGCGCCAAGCUGGCCAUGGAGGGAGCCGGGCUGCUGGAGACUCAGGUCUACAGCUACAGGACGAUUCCUCCUAUGGGCCAAAUAUCCCGCAAGGUCGGGUUCAGACCGACGAAGCCGGGACUCCAGACUCUCCUGGUGGUGCUGGACUGCGACAACCUGCCCGACAUGACGGCGAUGGUGGAAGUCAAGGUCGUGCCGUGACCUUUGUCCUUUCAUCCAGUGAGAAGAAACAACUAAUUCUACAAGUUUCGUCCAUCAUGAUCAUUUUUCUGUCGUAAAAUCAUCUGAAAAUGUUCUUAAAAUCAACAAAGUGCAUAAAUCAAACUUCAUGUUGAGGAUCAGUGUCUCCAGCUAUAAUCGCUCUGUGGAGACACAGAAACCUGAAAGAUUCAUUUAAAAUUGUGUAAAUUCUAAAUUACAUUUGAAUAAAUCCUGGAUGGGGAUUUCAGAAUAAGAUGCAAGUUUGACAGAGUCUGAAAUGAAUUAAGAAUGAAGAUCAUUUUAAUUUUCAGAGUCUAAUUAAAAAUUAGACUCUGAAAAGUUUGUUUUACUGUAAAUAAACACAAAAUGUCCUCUUAAACAUCAUCUUCUUUAUUUCCACAUUAAGACAAUUUAGAUGCACUUAAACAUUAUCAGCUAAAAGUUUCACUAAAAAACACAACAGGUCAGUUGAGACAAGGUGGUUAAUUAGGAUUAGAGUGAUUUUACGUUUCAGUUUUAAUUUAAUAUCAAUGCGAUUCUUCUAUAAAAAUUGACUCAGCUUUUAUUUUAAAAAAUCUCUUCUGUCAUUUGAUCUUUAGCUCAUUUUAAUGACAUUUAAAAUUAAAAUAAUUAAAAUUCCCAUUUUUGUCUUUAAUUUCAGAGAAACUUUGACCAAUUUCUAAUUAGUUCCUGAUUUAUUUUGGGCCUGUUUAAACAUUUGGACACAAUUAGUUCCUGUCUGUCUGGAAACUGAACCUGUGCAUGAAGUUUUAUCAAAUCAAAUGUGAUUUUAUCCUUUUUCCUGUUUUCAUAACAAUAAUGAC